AAUCUCAACAAUUCGCAAUGGCCGCCUUCGACAUGUCCCUCGUCGCCCGCAGCGAAUACGCUGUCCACCAGCUGAUGAAGCGCGAGAAGAACUGGGCUCAGCGCGAGCCUGGUGUCAUUGUCGUCCUCGUCAUUGUCUUCUUGGUCUUCAUCCUCGUCACCGCCAUGUUCAUCAACAAGAGGAGACAGGCACGCCCAGUCGCCGCCGUUUAAGAUACCCCCCGAAGGAAGCGCGAUGAGAACAUGUACGAUUUGCCAAUAAGCGGACGAGAGAUGUGGUGGCGGUGUAUGUGCAUGUGAAGGGAAACAGGUGGAAGAGUUGCAUACACACGGGAACCUCGAUUUGUGUAUAAUGUGUUUGCUCAGCAUUUUUCAAAUCCGACAGAUCUACUAAGAGUCGUCGGUCUCUUUCGAUUAUAUUGACGCUCUAGAAAAUUCGGACGCCAACGAAAGGGUUCGUGGUAGUAAUGAAAGACAGUCAGACAAAACCAAA